GCUUGACAGCGCCUUCUUUUCUGUGGACUACCAAUUAACGGUGUGCGAUGUGACAUCCGUGAUAGAGGUACCACGAGAAUUGAACAAAAUCAUCGGGUGUCAGAAGCAAUGAUUGUGUCGCGCAUGCUGUCCAUUUCGUCGCUGCCGACGUGCCUGAAAUGUACAAUGUGCCAGAUAUCGAGGAGAAGCUUGGCCAGCAAGCACUUUCGUCGUGAUUUACCGCCAACCAUAUUAAAGGAGGUUUUCGCCGGUGGAAAGACAAAGAAAUUCACGUCAGCCGAUUUUAGCAAAGACGCCAACACCACUGGAAGCGAUUUACAGAAAGCGGUCAGUUUCGUGCCACCAUGUUUGAGGGAAGAGCUGUUGUGCAAAAUUGCGGAACCGGUGCGAGAUUGCUGUCACAAGGUGACGGUCGUAGGGUCAGGAAUGGUCGGUGUAGCCUGCGUAAACUCUCUUCUCUUACAGAACAUUACCCCGCACGUCGCGAUAGUCGAUGCAUUCCCGAAGAAGCUGGAGGGAGAAGGAAUGGAUUUUAACCACGGCUCGGUAUUUUUAGGAAAUCCGCACAUAGAUUUCGACACAGACUUUUGUAUCACGAGCAACUCUAAAGUGGUCGUCAUAACUGCGGGCGUGAAGCAAAUGAAGGGUGAGACGCGGUUAGAUUUGGUUCACCGAAAUUCGGAGAUUUUCAAGAACAUAGUACCGACAUUGGUUAGUUACAGUCCGAACGCUGUGUUCGUGAUCGUCAGUAACCCAGUUGACAUUUUGUCGUGGGUAACGUGGAAAGUGAGCGGAUUGCCGGUCGGUCGGAUAAUCGGAAGUGGAACUUAUCUCGACACGGCAAGGUUUCGUUACUUAAUCGCCGACCGUUUAGGAAUAGCGCCGAGCUCGGUUCACGGGUACAUCGUCGGCGAACACGGGGAGAGCCAGGUUCCACUCUGGUCUGGAGUGAAUGUCGCGGGCGUGCAAUUUCGCGAUAUCCUGCCAAAUAUCGGCCUCGAAACCGACGAGGAGAGAUGGUACGAAAUUUCCAACGAAGUGAUCAGACAUGGUCCCACGGUGAGAUGCCUAAAGGGAUAUAGCAACACGGCGGUGGGCCUUUCGGUUGGCAGCAUCGUGGCGGCUAUCAUCAACAACUCGCAGAAGAUUAUACCGGUUUCAACGUUGGUUCAAGGUCAUCACGAAGUUUGUCACGAUAUGUUCCUGUCGCUACCCUGUACUAUAGGUGAGAACGGCAUUACAAAUAUCGUACGAAUGCGUAUCACCGAUUUUGAGAAAAAGCUGUUCCAAACGUCGGCGAAUAUCGUGUACAACGUGCAAAAGGAUAUCAAAAUGUGAUUUAUCAAGUCAUCCUUCUAAUUAACAUCGUGUCAUUUCAUUGUGAAGAUUCUUCUUAGAAAAAGUAUAUCGUUAAAUAUAUCGCGUCUAAACGAUGCUCGAUCAAUGAUCGAAUAUUAGACAUUUUAUAAUUUUCGAUC